UACUGCUGGGAGCGUGUGUGCAGGCUGCAGCUCUGGCUGCUCAGCACUGAGCUCCUUCUGUCAUUUGCUGAGGAGCUCUCAGGCAGUGGUGGGGAAUGAAGGAGGAGAUGGGUCUCUUCAGUGCAGGUUUUAGUCAACAUCUGUUUGUGAUGAGCAAGGUGGUGAUGUGUGGAUUUUAAUUGCUAUGGAAGAGAAGAGCGUGGAUGGCACCGUGUCAAGGAGCUGCAAACCUUGGUAGAUGCAAUCUUCAGGGGAGCCUUGUGGUUGCAAAUGCAGGCACUGCUGCUGACUCACAGCAGUCUGACAGGAAAAGGCUCUCUUCUGCUUGUCUCUGGCUUCCUCCAGCCUGCGGUUAGGGAGGACUUUGUCUCCCUAGCUCUUUGAUACUGUUACCAUACUGGCCAGCGUGACUCCACAAAAGGAACCCGGAGUUCCUCUUGGAGAACUUUCCAGCAGCAACAGCAGCAAACCAGCAGAGCUGCUAUUGACCUAGAAGAGCAGUGGAGUUUUAAUACCUGAAGCAAGGUUUUCUGUGAACUACGUCACUAUUCUGUGGAGCUGAUGAGCUGGUUAACACCUUUUACUUAUUCUAUGUCAUUCAUUUAGCUGUGGAAGGCUUUAUCAGCCCUUGCAGAGGCUUUCCCCUGCACACAGCACUCCAGGCUGGAGCUGUAGUGGAGGAAAAUGGAGCCUGUAGACCUUCUGGCACUGGCCUCCCUAGAAAUGAACAGUACCACAGUCACCCUGGCUUUGCUGGCAGUUUUCCUGGUCCUGCUGUAUUGGUACUCCACAUAUGCAUUCUCCAAACUAAGCAGAGUAGGGAUCCGACAUCCUCCACCUCUUCCUUUCAUUGGAAACCUACUCUUUUUCCGUGAGGGUUUUUGGGAAAACCACACAAAACUCAUAACAGAAUACGGACCUGUUUGUGGGUAUUAUAUUGGUCGCCAGAUGUUUGUGGUGGUCUCCUCACCAGAGAUGAUCAAGCAAAUCUUAGUAACAGAUUUUAGUAACUUCACCAACAGAACUAAACCGAAGUUGAUAUCCAAGCCAAUGCUUGAUAGCAUCCUUUGUCUUCGUGAUGACAGAUGGAAGUACGUGCGGAGCCUCCUGACCCCAGCCUUCAGCGAUACCAAACUGAAAGAGAUGACACCACUGAUAAACCAGGCCUGUGAUGUCCUGCUGUGUAACUUGAAAGUCUACGCAGAUUCUGGCAAAGCUUUUGAUAUCCAGAGGUGUUACAACUGUUUUACCUUGGAUGUUGUUGGUAGCGUAGCUUUUGGAACUGAGGUAGAUUCUCAGAAGAAUCCUGAUGACCCCUUUGUUAAGAAUUGCAGAACAUUCUUUGAAAUGUCUUUGUUCAAGCCUCUUCUCAUUCUAAUCCUUUCUUUCCCAUGCAUAAUGAUCCCAUUGCUACGCAUUUUUCCCAACAAGAAACAAAAGGAACUGAAUGGAUUUUUUAUCCAAACCAUUAAAAAUGCAAUUGUCUACAGACACCAGCAAGAUGCAGCUGAGAGGCGCAGAGAUUUUCUCCAGUGGAUGCUUGACGCCUGCGACUCAGCCGACUCCCUGGCAGCCGGGUGCUCGGGUGGGCUCAGCCCAUCUGCUGCUCCCAGACACAACGAGGCGCCUCUGGCUGGCACGGCCCCGGCUGAAAAGGCUCAGAAGGCACUAACAGAGGAUGAGAUAGCAGGCCAAGCUUUCCUGUUCCUGAUCGCUGGGUAUGAGACCACCACGAGCACGCUGUCCUUUGCCACCUACUUGCUGGCCACCAACCCAGAGUGCCAGGAGAAGGUGCUUCGGGAGGUCGAUGAGUUCUCUGCAAAACACAUGGUCCCUGAUUAUCAAAAUGUUCAAGAACUCCCUUAUCUGGACAUGGUGAUUGCAGAGACGUUGCGCAUGUACCCACCUGCCUUCAGAUUCACUAGGGAAGCAGCUAAAGACUGUGUAGUGCUGGGACAGCAUAUUCCAGCUGGAGCUGUCAUUGAAACUGCAGUUGGACACCUUCACCACGACCCUGAGUUCUGGCCGGAACCUGAGAAGUUCAUUCCUGAGAGGUUUACAGAGGAAGCCAAGAAGGAACAACAUCCCUUUGCAUACCUGCCCUUUGGGGCAGGACCCCGUGGCUGCAUCGGCAUGAAAAUGGGUUUGUUGGAGACAAAAAUUACCCUCCUGAGGAUUUUGCAGAAGUUUCAGUUCAAGACCUGUCCAGAGACUGAGAUUCCUUUGCAGCUCAAAUCAAAAGCCACACUUGGACCAAAAAAUGGAGUCUACAUUAUACUGGAAUCUCGCUAAAAGGAAAUGCAAAUUCUGAAGCUCUUUAGAAUGAGACCCUUUAUUAGUGACUCAUUGGGUAUAAUUAUUUUUCAAAACUCCAAGGACAGGUAGGAGUCUAAAUCCCACUGAUAGUCAGUAGGUGCUCCCUCACUGCUCUCCUGUAGGACAGCCUCCAGCCACUUUUUAAAAUGGGCUCCUCAGUCUUCUUUGGAGGUUUUCAAAUUGUUGUGAAUAGCAUCUGUAAAGCAGCAUCCCACUUUCAUUUGCUUUUCUACAUCAGACUUCUUUUCACUUAGCUAUGAGAAUGCUCAAUUUUCAGUACCAUUUACAGUAGAUUUUAAUUUCAAUUCAUUGUAUGAUACAUCUUUCUCAUCCACUUCUGAGUCCCUAGAGAAAGCCCUAAAGGCACCACAGUUACAGCAGAAGACUUGGGACACAGUACCUUGGAUUUUUUCAUGAACUCCAGUAACAAUCAAAGCUGAGGCUCCUGCACAAUGCUUAAUCUCUACCUGUAAAGUCAGAGAAGUUUCACCUUCUUCAUGCUUUGAAGUGAUUUUAAAGACAUUUAGAUUAACAAUUUAGAUUAACAACAUGACAGAAGAAUGAAGAGGUCCCUGGCUUACCAAUGAGGGUCCAGCAGCUAAGACCAAAGAAAUGAGGUGACAGCCAUUUUGCUGAACUGCUAUUGGAAGGGUGGAGACAAAGAAGAGGUGAAUGCAAAGCAAGCAGAACGACUGGAGGAAAUACAAAGGUAAUCAGAAGGUGUUGGUAGCACAUGUGCUUCAUGGGGAGGCCUUUCCAAGCAUUGCAGUUGGCACCAUCCCUGUCUAGCUCCUCGAAUCAAGGAAAUUAAGAGCAUGCAUGCACUAGAGCCAGUGGCAAAGGAGUGAGAUUCAGGAUCAUCACAUCCAGCAGCUCUCUUGACUUUUUCUGUGACACUGGAGUAGGUCAUGUUCCAAGUGCCUCACCCCCCUCAGGAAGGAACUUGUCUGAUUGCCAGCUGCAGCAGCUCCAUGGAUCCGUUCAAGAUGUGUGACUGUGCACGUGCAUCUUCCCAGCCAAAACAGCCAUAGCUUCCGCAUUCCCUCUCUCCUAAUCCUCUGCAAAGCCUUCACCUACCACACAGCUGGUGUUGCACAAGGAGCUGGGGGGGAACACAGCUGUGCCAGCUGAUCCCCACUGAUCACAGGGACAUUCCAUACCCUAUGACACCAUGUUCAGCACAUAAAACUAGGGGAAGAAGAAGGAAGGGGGAUGACAUUCAAAGUGAUGGCAUUUGCCUUCCCAAGUCACUGUUAUGCCUGCUGGAGCUCUGCUUCCUAGGGUGUUGGAACACCUGCCUGCACAUGGGAAAUGGUGAAUGUAUUCCUUGUUUUGUAGUGACUUUUGCUUUACCUAUUAAACUAUCUUUAUCUCGGUC